CCGCUAGCCACUUCGAUUAGCAAGCGAAGAGUACUUAUAACCGGCCACUAGUGCGCGAACCUCCAGACCCAGUUCAGCAAUUGACAUGGCUCUGCCCACUCGCAAGAUCGGAAACGACCAGGUUACGGCGAUCGGGUACGGUGCAAUGGGUAUUUCGGCAUUUUACGGGAAGCCGGACCCCGAUGAAGUUCGCCUGAAGUUCCUCGACGAUUUAUAUGCCAGCGGCUGCCACUUCUGGGACACUGCCGAUAUCUACUUGGACAGUGAGGAUCUACUUGGAAAGUGGUUUCAAAAGACCGGAAAGCGCAAGGAUAUCUUCCUCGCCACGAAGUUUGGGAUAGUUCGCGACGAGCCGGGGCGUAUCGUCAAUGGGACACCCGAGUACGCUAAGAAGGCGAUCGAGAAGUCGCUCAAGAGGCUCGGUGUUGACUAUGUGGAUCUUUACUAUCUUCAUCGGCCUGAUCCGCAGGUCCCUAUUGAAGAAACGGUCACCGCACUGGCUGAGCUCGUAUCCGCUGGGAAGGUUAAAUACAUCGGCCUUUCCGAGGUCUCCGCCACAACCCUCCGACGGGCACAGGCCAUUCACCCCAUCGCCGCCAUUCAGGUCGAGUAUUCGCCUUUCACGCUCGAUAUUGAAGAUCCGCAGAUCAAUCUGCUCAACACUGCGCGUGAGCUCGGCGUAGCCAUCGUCGCUUACUCUCCACUCGGUCGCGGGCUGAUCACUGGGCAAUACAAAGGGCCAGAGGACUUCGAGGAGGGCGACUUCAGGCGCACGGUACCGCGAUACUCCAAGGAGAACUUUCCGAACAUCCUCAAGUUAGCCGACGGGCUGAAGCAAAUUGGGGAGCGCCACGGCGCCACGGCCGGACAAGUCGCACUCGCUUGGUUGCUUGCCCAAGGUGACGAUGUCAUCCCCAUCCCUGGCACGCGCAAGCAGAAGUACCUGGAGGAGAAUCUUGGCGCUCUCAAAGUGAAGUUAACCCCGGAGGAGGUCGCAGAGGUGCGAGCGAUCGCGCAGAAGGCAGACGCAGCCAAUGGGCCCCGAUACCCUCCGGGCUCAGUGGACCUGCUUUUCGCCGAGACGCCAGCUUGGAAGUGAUGCCUGCAAUGCGUGUGUAUGCACGUCUCGUAAACACCUAACGAAUGUAUACUACGUGUUGCCAGGAUGUCUUGACAUGAAAUCA